ACGGACUGUUAUGGUUGAGAGUUGUAUAUGUGUGUAUAUAUAUAUACACAGAGAGAGAGAGAGAGAGAGAGAGUUGGUUCUCUGGUCAUGGUCUGAUAAUGCUUGGGAGUGAGUGAAGAAAGAGAGAGAGUACACACAAACACAAAAUACUCAUAUACCCUUGAAAUCUCUUCUCCACAAGUCUAAAUGGGAGCCAUGGUAUUAGGUUUCAGUUUGUAAAGAACCAAUAAGUAGUGUAAUUUUCAUCCAUAUAUAUUUUCUUGGAGGAAGCAUUUUUAACUCUCUUUUCUUGGCUUCACAGUGAGGAAGUGUAUAAGAAGAGAGCUACUUCUGGGUAGCAAAUUAUGGGCAAAGAGUGGCUGCAUUGGGGGGGUGGGGGUGGAUCUACCAAGAGAGGAAGAAUAUCAGAUGUAAAAGAAGCAUCACCAUCUGGUUGCAUGUGUGCUGUUUUUCAAAUCUUUGAUUUACAUCACUUUCAGUUUCCUUUGCACCACCACCAUUCCUCUCAUUUCCACAACCAUUCUUUACUUCAAGAAGAAGACACUACUGUACUCAAGGGAGUGGAAGCGCCAAGGAACAGCUUGGAGUUAGAGGACCGUCCCAGGGAUGUUGCAGCUUCAAUCUCAUUGGCCAUGAAAGAAGAUGAAAUCCCUAUGGGAAUUCGAAUCAAAACAGGUCGUGAAAAUAAAUCACCUAGAGUGUCUACUUCAGAUUAUAUUGCUUCAGAAUGCAGUGAUUCUCCAGGGACAAAAACUCCAAAUUUAGUAGCAAGACUUAUGGGUCUUGAUCUCCUUCCUGAAUCCACCUCUCCUUCAUUAUCAUCAAAUUCCAGAACCGUAAAAAAAUCCCAGUUUCAUCCUCGAGAACAUUUAAAUUCCGGUGUUCGUUCCUUACCGGAGACACCAAGAAUUUCAUCAGCCAGAAGGUCAGAUGUUGAGCACAGGUUGUCCCUUCAAAUUGACAAAGAGAAUUUCUGUGAAAAAAUUGAAUUCAAGAAAAUGGGUACAAGGAGAGAAUUCAAGAAAGCGGAUGAAAAUACAAAUCAAGGCCAAUAUGCGAAGCAGAUGGUGAAGCAAAUUAAAGAAAAUAUCAGCAGAAAAGUUGGUAUUGAUAUUACUAACACAAUCAGAAACAGUGAGAUAAGACGCGAUGAACAUCUUGUUCUACUGAAGCCCAGAAAUUCAUCCAGGAUUUUAACAGGACUUGACGACGAAUCCAGGCCUUGGAAAGGUUCAAAUCCAUCCAGGAUUUCAACAGGUGAAUCCACUCCUGUAAAACAACCAAAUCCAUUGAAGAUUUUAACAGGAUUCGACAAUGAAUCCAGGCCCGGAAAACAACCAAAGCCAUCUUUUUCACCAGGGCUCCGGUUCUUGGAGUCUAAGAACAAACCCGUCGAAAACUCAGUCCAAAAAUGCAGGAAAGUUGCAAGUGACAAAUACUAUUCAUCUACCAAGAAACCUCCACAAGCAUCUGAUGCUAUCAGGAACAAGAAAGAGGAACCAUUCAUUCGUUCAGCAAAACCAAAUCUUUCAGACAAGAAGAACAAGAAAAAUACUCCUUUGUCAAAUGAAUUUUCCAAUAGCAAGACAGACCCUUCACGUCCAACUCCAAGCCUCCCAAAUGUAAAACUGAAAAAGUUUGAUGACGGAAGCUGCAAUUUUACGUCGCAGGUAUCAGAUGCUCUUUCAUCGAAAAAGAGAACACAGUUAUCUAGUUGUUCGAGCCCAUCGUACAAUCAAGAAACAUUCAACCAAGAAAACAUCAAACCAGACAAACGUAACGGUGCUCCUACCUCCGGUAAUCGAGAUUCCAAUCAGUACAUUCAAAAAAUCCUUAAACGUACUGGGAUUAUAGACAAUGGUACCCCAGUGUCGUUGGCUAAAUGGUACUCCCCUUCACACCCUCUUGAUCCAUCAAUUUUCCACCACCUCGAGCUUCUCCACCCCGCCACCACCGCCGACACAGUAAUUUUCACUACUAAACAGUCCAAAUUCUUAAACCAAAGAUGCAACAGAAAGCUCAUUUUCCAGCUAGUAAAUGAACUAUUGGUGGAAAUACUUAAACCUCGUACUACCCGGAAUUGCAGACCUUCUGGAUCGGAUUUGAUUGACAAAUUAGACAAGAAACUACAGAGUUUUCCCUCAGCAAAUUGCCAAGUUCUUGAAGACAUUGAUGCAUUGAUAGAUAUAGAUUUGUUCAAGUCGUCAUCAUCAAAUGGAUUCUAUGAAGAAGAAGAAGGUGACACUGUAGUAUCAGAGAUUGAGCGUAGGAUUCUGGAUUCCAUAGUGCGUGAAACUGUAACGGUGCUGUUCGAUACGAUGCGGUCCGCACAGUGUAAGAACAUGUUCUGAUAGAUGUCACAUGGUCUAUCACGUGAUGAGAUGCUAUUUGUUGGAUUUGGGACCCACGUUGUAGAGCUCAGAUUUGAAUAAAGUCAAAAGAGAGUGGGAUUAGAGGCGUACACGUGGGCAAUAAGAGAAAUCAAACUUUUUGUUAUUACAUUUUCGACUCAACAAAAUGAGCAAUCUUUUCAUUUUUCCAAA